AUGAGAAAAACAAAUACAAAUUAAAAAACAAAUGAUAACAAUUUGAAUUACUUGAAUGGAGGAGGUUUUGCAGUACGACCAAAAUCAUUGCUCUGUAAAGAAUAUAUCCAUUUUUAGGCACAAUUUGUGGGAGAGAGUUUGGAACAGCUUCUCUUGAAAUUCAUUAAAAAACUUGCAUUAAAAAGUAUCAAAAUGAUUUGAUUAAUAUGGAUCCUGGUCACAGAUAAUAGAUGCCUACUAGUAAUAAUAAAUUAUUGACUUUUUAGCUCAGUAGGUUUUACAAAAGUUGAACUAAGAGAAAUAAGUAAGGUAAUAAGGCGGAACAAAGGUUGGCCAAAAGUCAUAGCAGAUGCUAUAUGAAUAACCCUAAUAAGUCAUGGCUCUUGUUGGAGUAAAUGAAUUUAAUAGCUUUGUAGUGCAGAAAAUGCGGAAGAAGAUUCAAUCCUGAUAGAAUCAGAAAACAUGAAUCUGUGUGUAUUGGACCAGAACCAGAUAUUUAAAAAAUAAAAGAAUAAUAAUAGGAAUAGAACAAAAGGGCUGCCAAAUACUUAAGACCCAAAAAAACCGGUAAAUGGAAAUAGGAGCAUCUUGAAUUUUAAUAAGCAUUGAGAGAGAUGAGGAAGGUUAGAUAACAAGAAAUAGCAGAAGGUAGAGGCAAUCCUUUUGGUCAUCAAUAAUAUGGUUAAUCAUAUGGAAUGUCCAAUAAAUAGCAACCUAACAAAUAUGGGAAGGCCAAUUAAUAUCAGUAAAAUUAUAAAAAUCAGCCUUAAUCAAAAUAAUAUCAAUAAUAGAAAUAAACACAAUAUUAAUAAUAAUAAUAGUACAGUCAGAAGGGCUAUUCAUAAAGUGUUAAAACGACCCAUAAGCAGCCUACAUAUGAAUAAUAAUAAACAAAGAUGGUCCAAAAGUCUCCUAUAUCUCAAAUGCCAUAGAAAUAAUACUAAUAACCUACUAAAAGUUCUUAGAAUGAUGUUGGUUAUGGUAGACCAGCUUAUAAUGCUGGUGGUGGAGCAUGUAAAUAUAAGAUUAAAUUUUAGCUUACUAAAUUGCUCAUUCAAAUGUUAGUACCUUUAGUCUAUUUACUCAAGAUGGUAAGCCAAAAAAUUAUGACAAUUUUCAACAAAACAACCCUUAUGCAAAGAAGAAUGGUUUAUAUUGAUC